AUGGACAUCAAGAAGGAUAUACCGUCGACAUUGUAUUUCAUGAACCGUAGGGGACGCAUAUAUUAUGAAGGAUUGAAGUUUAAAUGCUUCAUUUGUAAGGAAGAAGGGCAUUUGAAGGUCAAUUGUCCAAAAAAACAGACCAAAAGUGGUGGACCAAGUGCAAGUAGUGCUAACAAUGUUGUUGAAACCAGUGAAAACCAGAAAAAACUAGAAUCGAUCUCGUACGCUAAUGCAGUGAAAACAGUUGGGAAUCUUACGAAUGAACGUGUGGAAGAAAAAUCGGAAAAGCUACAGUUGAACAUGGAGGUGCUCAAGUCAUCGAGAGAUGAAUCUAGCAUCGCAGUACCCCGGAACGAAGCGGAACAUGAGCAAGAGAUGGAAUCUGAAACGAGUGACGAAGAGAUGGAAACAUCGAAUACGGAGAAGGUUGGAGAGAAACUCGGUAAGCGGCCAUUACUCAGCGCAGAGAGGUCGACUUCGGAUACGGAUGGUGAUGCGAGAGGAUUCCGUUCUAUCGAGCGAAGUAGGAAGAAGUUGUAUAAAGCAGGUGGUGUUGAUUCGAUAAACCCUUUGCAGAUUAUUGCGAAAGCAUCACAAGAAAGAGGUAAUAAUAUGGAGAGAUCGGUUGCGAGAACCAGAUCACGCAGUCGGGUAGAUGAUGAGGAGGUGAAGGUAUUUGAUGUUCUGUGUUGUUCCAUUUCGUGA